CAGUUCAAUAUAUCACUCCGGCGAAGGUGCAUUGGCAUUGGAAAUCGUUAACAAUCAGCGAUGACUACAACUCCGUCGCCGCUGUUUUUCUCCGACGAUCUUCUCACCGAGAUCCUUUCGUUACUUCCUGUAAAAUCUCUACUUCGAUUCAAAUGUGUAAGCAAUCCUUGGAAAACUCUCAUUUCCGAUCCCAAUUUUGUCAAAUUUCACUUCAAGAAAUUAAAAUCACGAAAUCCACAACACUUCACACUCAUAACUGAAUACCCUGAUAAUGAUUACAGUAUCAUUCCAUACCCUAUACCUCGUAUACUCGAUAACCCUUCGUUUACCCUUGUUGCUGAUCCUCACUUUCUAUUGAGCCAGAAAGAUUGUUCUCGUUUAGUCGGUUCCUGUAAUGGAUUGGUCUGUUUAGUUGGUGAUCGUUACGCUUAUGGUUCCGGUUUAGCCUCAUGUUAUGAGUACUGGUUCCGUUUAUGGAACCCAGCCACUAGGAAAACAUCUCAAAAAAUUGGUUGUUUUUGUGAUUCUGGCAUUUUUGUCUUCGAUUUUGGUUGUGAUAAUUCCACUGAAACUUUUAAAGUGGUUGCGUCACGUUACCUUGGCGUCGGCGAAGAAUUGACAACCGAUGUGAGAGUUUUCAGUUUGGGUGAUAAUGUUUGGAGAAAUAUUGAAAGUUUCCCGGUUGUUCCUCUUUAUUGUGAUGUUGAACAAUUUCAUCAUACUGGUGUGUUUCUUAAUGGCACUCUUAAUUGGUUGGCUAUUCAAGAUGAAGACCCGAUCACUCAUUAUUGUGAUCUAGAGUGGAACAAUAUUAAGGUCGAGCAGAUUGUUAUUGUUUCACUUGAUUUGGGGACUGAAACAUACAACCAGUAUCGGUUGCCUUGGGGUUUUGAUGAGGUUCCGUCUGCAGAGCCAAGUUUUGGUGUGUUGGGUGACUGUCUUUGUUUUUCUUAUUGUUACAGAAAAACUGAUUUUAUUAUAUGGCAGAUGAAGGAAUUUGGGGUUGAAGAGUCUUGGACUCAAUUUCUUAAAAUCAGUUAUCAUGAUCUUCAAUUGAACUAUGACUCUGGGUUCGGUACGCUGCAGAAAAUUCUUGAGCCAUUGUUUCUUUCGAAUGAUGGUGAUACAUUGUCGCGUAGUUUUGAAGAAAGGGAAUCAAUUAUCUAUAAUUGGAGGGAUCAUAGAGUGGAGCGAACAGGAGUUACCGUGCAUAAAACUAGUAUUGAUGAUGGAAAUAAAGGUCGUGUAUGGUGGAGCUUUGCCAAGGGUUUUGUUGAAAGCUUAAUUUCGAUUUCUUGAAACUUGAAAGUUGCUGCGGGAAGAAAUUAUCCGGAGGUACUUCAGAUGCUUCACGGUGAUGUCGGUUUCUGAACAAAGGUUAUUCUGGAAGGCGGAGGGAAACAAUAAGAUGUUGGGGAAAUUACAUAGGAUAGAACUAGAAAAUGAAGGAAAAAUCCAUAAUCAAGAUGAAUUCUUUUGUUUUUAAUUACAUGUUUGGAACAAAGGAUUGAUCCUCUUGCCAUCAAUAAGAUGUUGGCACAAAAUCAAUUAUGGUCUCCAAAGAACCAAUAAUACUCUUACUCACAAUUAAGUGUUUUUUUAGAGGCACAAUUAAGUGACUUGACACAUCAACAAGUUCUGUUUCAUUUCACUAUCACCUCAAAACAAAGUUCUAAUUUCACUAAUUUUUGUUAUAAAGCAAAGUUAGGGCACUGAUUAAUUAGAAACAAUUGUUCUCAACCCACCCACAAAACAUUCGAAAUCCAGAGGAAAGUGUAUAUGCGCAAAUAUGAAGAGAUAAAGUUUGGCUCAUGGUGAACCAUUAUUUUCAUAUAUAACGAAUUGUGAAAAUUGAACGAUUAACAAAACAUUAGAAGAAUAGAAAAACCACAAACUAA